GCUGUCCUGACCUCCUCCUGAAUCUCUAGCCUUGCUCAUUGUGUGUGCCGAAUCAUCAAAAGCCGUGAACCUCGCAACGACAAUACUGCAGUACUGCCACCAAAUCAGGCGCAGCAGCCAAGAUGAUGAUUAGGAAUUACCUGAAGCCUGCUUGGCUACCACUGCUUCUGGUAUUGCUACAGGUCACCAGCGUCCUGGCGCAGGAUGCAAACGCCUCCGAAUCUUCCACCACAGCGGCAUUAUCUGCCUCAUCGUCGCCAUACCCAACAAUGCUUCAGUCGAGCACCAGCACAAAUUCAGAGCCACAAACACACACCAUUCAGGUCGGCUUGUUGGAUCAUAAGAUGCGUCCCGAGGUCACCGAAGCCGCAGUAGGGGACUUCAUCGAGUUCGACUUUUACCCUCUGAAUCACAGUAUUGUGCGCGCUGAAUAUGGCUUUCCAUGCAUACCGUACGAGAUGACUGGAUCUGCAAAGACGGGAUUCUUCUCAGGCUUCAAUCCGGUGGACAAGGUGGUGGACAAGCCACCGAAGUACACCAUCAGGGUCAACGAUACGGAGCCCAUCUUCUUCUACUGCUCUGCACCGGGAAGCUGCAUCACGUAUGGAAUGGUUGGUGGCAUCAACUUGAACAGCAGUAUGAGUUUCGACAAGCAGCGCACUUUGGCGAUGGACGCCUCCUAUAUGCUGCAACCUGGCGAACCCUUCCCAGCUGAAUCGCUCCUUCCCUCCGGUAGUCCAGCAUCACCCGCCAUACCCUCCUCAUCCUCCACCUCAUCUCCAGCACCUGCCGCCUCACACUAUUCAGGUGGAAUCGGCACCGGCGCAAUCGCCGGCAUAACCGUCGCCGCUGUCAUCGUGCUACUCGGCGCUGCCCUGCUAUUCUUCUACUGCGGGCGCAAUAAAUCGCUGAGCGAAGCCAUCGAACGACGCAACGGCACCAUUCGGCGUACUAGUAGCUCUCCGAAUCAAAUGCUUGAGUACAAGACACCUAACGUGCACACGCACCCUCACCGCCGUAGCCAGGGGGGAUUGACAUUCCUGCCACAUCCUGCUGUGCACCCUGCAAGCCAUCCUGGGAGCCCAGAGCCGGCAGUGUAUGGACACGGACAUCAGAUGAGUAUUGGUGGAGGGAACUUCCAUGCGCCGCAGGGGUACGAUACGCGAAAGUAUACGGGUCCCAUCACUGCGAAUCCGUAUCAUGUUGUCAGCCCUGGGAGCCCGCCACCGGGGAGCAUGGGACUGAACGGACAUCUGUUCAUACAAGGGCAACACGGUCCCCGAGGCGGCACCCCGGCACCAGAAUACUACGAGGCUUUCCAGCCUAAUGGCCAGCAGGUCCAGGAGAGGGCUGUGGAGAUGGAAGCUAUUACUGCUGUGAACCACACGGAUGAUACUAGUGAUUUGAAUAGGAGGAGCAAGUUCUGACUCCAGACGGCGAUUGUGGGAGAGGAGUGUGAUGUAUAUUUAAGGUGCUCGCGAUGACGUGGGAUGGGCUCACUAGUCGUUUCAACGGAUGAGUGGGACUAUGACGAAGUGAGCAUAUGGUUAUUUCAUGACACAUAUAUUGGGUAUGUGUUGGGGCUUUUACAUCUUUUGUGUGUACAUAUGUGGCUUGCGAGUUCUUCUCCGGGGCACUAUCAAUUCCCAGUCAAGUGCAGUCUAGUCCCGACAUAAGUACGGUAGCCGAAAUCUACAGCUAUAUAUCAG